GCUGUUUCUGUUCAGCUCGACACCCACAUACAGAGUAAGGUGGUGUUCAGUGUUACAGAGGCUGUUCUCAUGUCAGCUAAUGGCUCAGAGGCGACGAAGAAAGUAAGGCAUUUACUUAUUCACCUUUCGGAAAGACUUAAGCGGUCACCUCCAGCUUACUAUUUCAACACAAAGACACAGCGCACUACAGCUACGCCCGGGGGCUGGUAAGUAGUUUGUUAAGAGUGUUUCCAGGAAAUGUCAGUCGAAGAAACGAGUCUGUAGCAUCUGUUAGGAGAAAGCGACAGGUUGACAACUUUUCUUACAACAUAGGGUUGGUUCUCUCGGUUGUUUACUUUGUUUACAGGUUGAGCGCUCACAAACAGUGGAUAAAAUCACAACUAAAGGCAGCAGGGAAACAUUUUAACACCUUUUUAAAACUCUCUUCAGAGUCGUACACUUUCUUCAAACUUGCUCAAUAACUCUUACAGACUAACAUCUCUGUCUAACUAUUCCGAAAAAGUCAUUUUCCAAGGAGGACUUGAAGUUAUUCAUAUUUAUCAGAGUGCCCAGGCAUGUUUAGACUCAUGCAUGCUUCAAUAUGUCUGACAGAGGAAGCUGGGAAGUUGGCAUCCAACUUCGCCAACUUGGCAGGAUCCACAUGAAGUGAAAGGUUUAUUCCAUGAAAACAUCUACAUAAGGAUCAGCUGAGAUUAUCUUUUUUUAAAAGUUUGUUUCAGUGAACUGAUUUGCUGCUGUAUCUGUAUGUGUCUGGUAUGGUCAUGUCUCAUGCUGUCAAAUCCUCUCUUGGUAUUUUAAUGAUUAAAUAGUUGACAUCAUUGGCAGCCAGAAUAUUUCAGGAUGCAUGAUGCCCUUAUCUGAUCACUCAAUUUGAUCUAGAGUUAUGUAAUGAUGUUCUCAUUAGUGUCCCAAUUGUUGUACACCCUUUCAAGUUUGAGGCAUGUGAGUAUCCGGACUUUCCCGAGGAGCUGCUGGCCGCUGUGUUGGACUGCUGCCCAGGGUGGGUCCUCCACUUCUCUCUGACAAAUGAUUAAAGCUCCUUUUUGUUUGCUGGUCCACAUGGGUGGUAGUCCUUGUCUGGCAAACACAGCUACUCCCACUCAAGGAGGAAAUGCCAACACAUUUUAAGAGACAGCUCAGAGUUUGUGACGGACUGUACUUUAUUUUUAAUUGUUCCUUUGAUAGAAAUCCUCACUGAGAUCACAUUUAUCUAUCAAUGUACUUAUGGCCAAAGAAAGGAGAAGUGACAUAUCACAUGUGAAAAAGUUGUCGAAAAAUUUAAAUAAUACAAACACACUUUAUAAAUAGAUAUGACAUUUUUUAUUUAUUCUAUUCAGUACACGUAAACUGCAUAAAAUGAAGUUACAUGCUCAGCCGAACCAAAGAGGGCAGGUGUUGAGUUGAGCAAGAGCAUCAGAAAAAGAUCGCUCAUGUGACUGUGAUCAGGUGUACUUACGAAGGUGCUGCACAGUACAAGGUUAGUUUAAUGAAGAGCAAGUCUGAGUAAAGUGUCAUGACCCUGUGGCAUUAGAUUAUCUGGAAUAUAGGAGCCCUGCAGUGUUUAAGACAUUUCCUCUCUGCUCUGUGAUAAACCAAAACAGCACCAUGAACUGUCGCAGUGGCCGUGAGAAAUGUGGUUAAGCUUUGUACCUAAAUUAAGUCAGUCUGCAAAGUGUCGUACAAAAUGUAAUCUUGAAGACAAUAUCAAUAUCAAGUAACUUUUUUAUACUCAUAUCAGCCAGUAUGAGGGAGGAAGGGUUACAAAAAUAUUCCACUAAAGGAAAAGUACAGUUAAUUUAAUGACAUUUAACUUGAAGUAAAAAUUACAAGUCUGUAAUUUAUUUAUGUAAAAGUAGAAAGUAAUUUACUUUUAACCUGUAGAGAUGGGGAGAAUAAGAUUUUCUCCCAUUUAUGUCAAAGCACUGUAUGUUUUCUCUCAAACUAGUUGAUGUAAUAUAACCGUGGAUUGUAUAUAGGAUAUACAGUCUUCAUACAGCAUGUUUUGUCAUCUUUACACUUUUUGAUGGUUAAUUUAAGUCAUUGCUGGCUAGAAAUAUGGACUUAGUUGUAAUGAGUAAAGACGGCUGAAAAUGGAGCCUACAGAAAUGUCUUGAUAAGUUUCUUGAAACAGGAUAUCGUGGUUAUUUCAAGAACCUGGUCAAGUAAAAUUUGGCUCAAAAUAUCUUGAAAUAAGGUUCAAAAUCAGACUUGUUAGGCUAAUGUGGCUCAAGUUGUUCUGAGGUGGUGGACCUGUUGGUGAUAGGGGUUGCACCAAUUGGUUACACAGAUCUUCUUUGGCAGAAUAAUGAUCUCAAUGUGGGAAUCUGGCAGUAGUCAGAUGUGACUGACCCAUGCUUGUUUGUGGUAUUUCACCCCUUAUCUCAUCAUUUUAGGUUUAUGUAGCUGUUGAGCAGCAAGACAAUACAUUUUCUGUUGUUAGAAGUGAUCAAAUUUGACUAAAUGUAGUUUUGCUAUGUUUUAUGUUCCUUUAAUUAAAUUUUAUGGUAAAUAUUGUCUUUCAAAGAAAUAAUUGUUGACUGUAUCGUAUCACUGGUUGUUACAGCUGAGACUUGAACAAAUGUGGCUGAGUAGUCUGAUCAGCCUACUGAAUCUUCAUCAACAAGAUCUUUUACACUCACAUUUUGUGGUGCUAUUCUUACUCUAGCAGCAAUAUAACAAACUUAAAUGUAAGCAAAGUUUAGAAAUCAAAGCUCAAGCAGCUUCAUGUUCUUUUGAGCGGCAAACUAAGUUAGAUAACAGAUCAUGUAAGGACUAGUUUUGUAGCCAUGACACACAGAAACAGAGAAGCAGCUUCCCUCUCAGCAGUAUUUUUUGGUUAUUAAUAAUCAGAAGGUAAAAAAUGCACAACUAAUUUCAGUAGAAAUUUGUGUCAACUUGGUUUUAGAUGGCUUUUUAACAGCCUCCUGUGAGGGCUUUCCUUCUGUAAAGCUGCUGUGUUCAGGGGCGGAGCCAGACUACUGUGGCUGGGGUGGUGAAACUGGGGCACCGACUUUUGCAAGGGUGGCAACAAGAAUGUGUGCACAUGUGAAAGGCUUUUAAUCACCCGUCUAUCAGAACCUACUAAACUUUUGACAUGAUAGUGUCCAAAAUAUGUUGAACUUCUUUCUGGUUCUCUUAAUAAAGUAACACAACAUGGUGACAAAACUUAAAUCUUCAGAGAUAAGAUCUUUAAGGACUAAGCAAAAGAUUCUUAUCAAAAAUCGCAAUUUUAAUUUUGUCAAUUUUAAGUUUUGACAAAGAAAAACAAGGGGAAUCGAAAUGCAUAGAAAAUAGCUGAUCAUUUUGAGGAUUUUGGGAUGGCUGAUCAGAUUUUAAGGGAGUCAGUUGCCACAUCUGGGCCUCUCAGACCACCCCUGGCUCUGCCCUUAAUUGUCUUCUCCAUCUUAUUGUAUAACAGGUUUGUUGUCCAUUAAAAAUUUAGAGGGUAAUAUCAUGUAAGAUUGCCAGUCAUUGUUCAUCUCUUUCAACUCUUAAGAAUAUCAUGAGCUGCCAGUAUAGUUAGUUGGCAUCCUUUCAGCUGUAUCAAGACUUAAGUUUAAGCAAAUGAUCAUAAAGUUUUAGAUUCUAACAGCUUUGUGUAAACAUACAGAUGAAAGUUUUUCUCCUAGCUUUUUAUCUGUUAAUCAAUUCUCACACCUUUAAACGAGAUUGUAUUUCUUGAUUAUAAUGAGGGCACGAUAAGAUGUUCUCUGGUUUGUCUGAUAAUAGUCUGCAGAAUUUUGCUGACACAUUUCCAGCGGUGUGGUUAUGCUGAUUCACUUCUGUGACCUCUUUUCACCAACACAGAAAUCUAAUACAGAUCCAUACAUCUAAUAGAUCUAUACAUCAGGAAUUCAAACACAUUGUCAGUGGCAAAAAGAGUUGACCAAGCAUAUAUUACAGAUCUUUUAUUUAACAUCCACAGAAAAUAUCACAAGUUAUUUCAUUAUACCAUGUCAAAAUCUCUUCAGUAACCACCUGGGACAAGAAAAUCCUUGUUUAUUUAGGAACAUGAAGUGAAAACUACAUAUGACAUUCAAUGCCUACCCUAAGGGUCAUUGACAAGAUUAUUGCUGCCAAACCUGUGCAUGUUUCUGUUCGUGGUCAGAACACUUUGAACCAAUUAGGUUUCGUUAAGAUUUGGUCAUAGCAGUGGGCACCAAAACUACAAAGAGCUCCAAAAUGUACAUACACUUGAAUGAAAACCACUCGUCAAAACUUCUUAAGCUUCAGUAGGGUUAAACAGGUUGCCAUCCACGUGUGUAUGUCCGCAUUAGUCAUAGCUAAGUGUACCUGAAGGGUGUGUAGCUCAGUGUUUAUGUGUCAGUCACUAUUUUGACUGGGAGUCAAGAGGAAAUUUGUUUAAUGAAAGUGACAGGGAGUUGUGACUUUUCUGUUAAGCUGUCUUGUUUGGUGAUUGUAUGAGGUGAGUCGUGUGGAUUUUACUGAUGAGCUAACGAAUGGUUCUUUAUCUUUGGCUAUUCACUCUGUUCACAUUGAGACUGUUUUUGAGUGAUCAAGCCAUGCUGAGCUUCAGAAGCUCAAAUAACUUCUGCCUUUUUCUAGGUUUGCAAAAAGUCAAAAUCCAGGGAAUCAGAAAGAUAGAGACAGUUUAACUGGUUGAAAAGACAUGAAAGGUAUCUAAAGAGGCAUCAGGAUAUAUUUGAGUUAAAACUGCACAUGUAAUAACUUAUAAGCCUCACUAAGAAAACAGUACUAUUUAACAGCUUCUUUGCAAACAGUUUUUUUAGAUAGUUAUACAUGAGUCAUCAGGAAAUGAAAAGCAUACAUUUCCUCUGCUGAAUUCAUUGUUCUGGUAUUAAUGUGCCGGUAGUAGUGAUCAUUAGCUAAGAACAAGGUUGCUGCCAAAAAAUAAACUAUUUACAGACAAAAGAACAUGAUUCAUAAGCAUCGAUCAUUAUAGUUUGAGGAGAAAGUUUGAAGUUAUGCCAAGUAAUUGCUAGCUGUUCAAACCUACAUUCGCUCUCUUUCCAUGAGUGUGUUUAAAAGUUAUAAAUAAAAUCUGUUUUAUAACUUUUGACUCACCUAGGCCAGAACAAGCCAGCCAACAGGAAUGUAGACCUCGUACUGUUGGGGGGGCUCAGUGGUCUUUGCUGACCGUUUAUGGCCAAAUCAGUGCAUGUUGCAGCCAUUUCCAUCACAGAGUAUUUUUCAUGCGUCUUGAUUUUGCACGAGACCUUAAGCUGCUUACAGCUUCAGAUGAAAGGUUCAGUGUGGGUAACAGGAAAAGAAUGUAAGACUUGUCUGAAUACUUUUUGCACUGGUCAUAUGAUAUAUCUGCUCUCUCUUUUUUUAUUGUUUUGACCAAGCCAACCAUAGUAAGAGAAAAUGUUCAUUUAGUGGAUAUCAUGCUUGCUUUUCAUUCUCACUGUGUAGUUAAACUUUGUACUGUAAGCUAUAGUUUUUAAUUAAAAUCAGGUCAACUUUUAUUCAAGCUAUUAAUCUGUAGACAGAAACGGCAACUUUUCACUUUCAAGACUGAUUAUUAGUAAAACCUUGACUGUUGUUGGGGCAGGACUUUAAAACGCCUUCUGUCAUUUCCUGUCACUGUGUCAGCAGGAUGAAACACUUCUUACGUUACACACAUUAGCCCACAGUGCCAUGAACCAAACAAGUCUACUUCUGUGGUCUUGCGUAACAUUGAACAAAGUGUCAAAGAUGUCUAAUUCUCACUCCAGAGCUCUGACCGCACUGUUGGCUAAAUAUGCCUCAAAGCAGUUCAUCUGAGGUUCUUUUCAUUACUUUUAGAGAAACAGUUAGCAGUUUUUGUUUUUGGUAAAUGUGAGAAUGGUAUUUUUCAUGAGGGUUAUGAAACCACUGGAAUUAGCUAUUGUGUUGUUGGUGAGUUUAGAGGGGAGUCAUGGGGCAGCUGUCCUUACGAGAUUACUCCACUAAAUCCUCACUGGCCCUAAAUAGGUGUUGGAGAGAGUUUGUUUGUUUUGACCUUUUUUCCCAUGACUAACUUACCGAUGAAAACUGAAUUAACUACAGUUGAUUAUUUUGUAUAAAUCUUCAAAUUACAGAUUAAUAUUUGUCAGUUUAAUUUCAGCUUUCAUGACUGAUUGGUAAAGUCCCCUACAUCUUGUAUUUGCAUACUCACAUUACGGGACCUAAUGUAGGUAGAUGAAUCUAAAUGUUGGCAUGUAUGUCUGGUCAUGGCAUUCGUCAUGUAACUCUACAUCAUGAGACUAUAUGUUCUCAGUUGACCUGCAUCUGAGUGAGGGCAGAAUUCAUGUAAAGCUGAUAGUGAGUACCUUAAUUAAAUGCUCAUUGUGUUCUGUUGAAUCACCCAGUCAAACUGGAAUGACAACAAUUAAGAAAGCAGACUAAACACAAUAAAACUAAUCGUAGGUUGAAUGAACUACUUGAGUACACUGAGAGAAUCAGUCCCUCCAAACUUUGUCGCUGUCACCCUGCAGAGAGACCCAGCACCAAAAUCCUAUUGUUUAUUCAGUUAGAUAUAAGCUGUUUUGCCUAAUUCAAUCUGGGAAUUUGAGAAUAAAGAACUCAAAGCCCCUUCACAGCCGUAGUCCAGCGACACAUUUGUUUUUUGUUGGUUUAUCCUGAUCAGACCUUAUUUCAGCGAGUAGUGUGUGCACUGUUCAAGCUUUUCUCUCUGUUGGAUCUGUUGUACCUGUUAUCUGAACAGCCAGCUAUCCUUUUAUAGACUUUUAUAACAUUACAUCAUUUCAAUUGGAGCACCACCCUAUUUCAACAUUACUUCAUGUUUAAUCUCUCAGAGUGAUGGGAAACUCCUGUGAGUGUGUGAAGCCAUUUAAGCUCAAUAAAGGUGUACGAACAACACCUGUCGACUUUUCCCUAAUGCCAAGACAACCUGAGGGGUCAAACUUGACUUAAUCGGUGCUUUUCUUAUGGUAGACUAAUCUCGUGAAAAGAUAAACAAUCUGUUCGUCUUUUUUUUGUAGGUGGAUGAUGCUACAUCUGGUUUUGGCUCCACAUCUUACCUUCUUGGAAAAAUUAAAUGUUGUUUUGAUUUUAAAAGAUUUUAGCUGGAAGUUAUAGCAAAUUUUUAAAAGCCACUGCUUAUCCUUUUAAAAAUAAGAGGCUUGUGUCUGUUUUGGAUUCUUUCAUGUCUGAGUGGUAGGAUGAAUGUCUGUUUUAAAAACAGAUUUUUAUCUAAUGAGAUUUAUUCAUCUGCCAAACAGUUUGACUGCUGCUCUAUUGAGAUGUUUUGUUUGUGUUUUUCAGAAACCAAGCUCUCACUAUGUCUGAUGGGGACUACGAUUACCUCAUCAAAUUCCUAGCCCUCGGUGACUCGGGUGUGGGAAAAACUAGCUUUCUCUACCAAUACACAGAUAGCAAGUUCAACUCCAAGUUCAUCACUACAGUUGGAAUAGACUUUAGAGAAAAAAGAGUGGUAAGUCCAGUCCUUUUGGAUAAAAUGGUAAAGUUUCCCAUAAUGUCUACAUUGGUUAUGCUGGGAUUUCCCUUCAGUCAUACGUCAAUUGAAGCACACACGGAUUUUACUCUCUGCACCUAAAAGGUAACAUUUUCUUACCUCCAUGUGUGCGCUACAAGGAUUUACAGCUUCCUAAUCAGAGGCUUAAACACAUUCCCACGCCAUUAAGUCUCGUAACAAAAGACUACUUAUGAAAGUUGCAACAACAGUCCAAGCAAUGACUAAUGUUGGGGAGCAACAGGCAGCACCCUCCUUAAGAAUAAACACCACAUACCGUUGGCAAACAGCUGAGCAAUGUUCAUAUUUACACAGUAUGCAGUCUAUUGCUGUUGACAUGGUACUACAAGAGUUUAGACUGGGCAGCAGUUUUAUCAUAACUAAACUGGACAGUCAAUUACAGUGCACUAACAGUACGGAUAACACUGAGAGUCCAUCAUUAACGUCUUUAUUUAGUGGUUCUUAUCCUGUCUAACAAGGAAAUGAAAAAGCAGGAAGUUAAGAAUGUGUAAGGAAACUUGCCACCUUAAAACAUUAGAUGACAGAGCACAUAUCUCAUCUCUUCAUCAUGGUUAGAGCACAAUAAGUUAUUAUCAUAAGUCCUCGAACAACCCAGAGCUGUGCUUCCUGUGUCUGAAUCCAUUAAGUGUGAGAUAUCAAACACCACAUAUUCUUGAUUUUUCCUGCUUCAUGAAACAACUUCAGGGUUUCAGUCCCACUUUUCAUCUCACUGGCUAUCCCAUAGCUCCACAUAAAGUGAAGAAACCAAGUCAGCCUUAAAUAUCUUUCAUGUUAUUCAUUCAUUCAUUUAUUGAUGUGACCAAAAACACUGUGUCUCCUCCUUCCACUUAGUUGCAGCUGAAAAAUCUGUGGCCAUCACCAUUAGUUUUAGCUUUGUUGUUGUUCUCCCCACAGAUAAGUGAGACAGAUUUACCAUACCUUCUAAGAUCUUGUUUUCAUGAGGUGAAGUAGCUGCAUUCAUGUUGCGAAGGGGGCAGGUGUGCAGCUAGUCUGAUAUUUUUUUCUUGAUCAUCGUUUAGUUUUAUCUUCGUUUUCAUAGCUGCUCAUCUCAGAUCAAAUAAAAGUAAGCUAAGGUCAUAUGUACAGUUUAACCUCUUUUUUUUUUCUUUGUUGUCUCUUAGGUUUACAAAUCAACAGGUCCUGAUGGAUCUUCGGGUAAAGGACAGAAGAUUCACAUGCAACUGUGGGACACUGCUGGACAGGAAAGGUACAUGACACCCACCCAGACAGAAGCUUCUCUAUUUUGGAUUGUUAUUCUUUUCUUUAAUCACAAUUCUCUCGUCAGGUUUCGUAGUUUGACGACUGCAUUCUUCAGAGAUGCGAUGGGUUUCCUCCUGCUGUUCGACCUCACGAAUGAACAAAGCUUCCUCAACGUCAGAAACUGGAUGAGUAUGUUUUUCUCACAUAAAGCAACCCUGAGUUUCUUCAGUUUAGACAGAUUCAAAAACACAGUGUUUUUUUCUCCCCAGAGAACCUAAACUACUUUUGGUGAAUGAUAAAGAAAACAUCCUUUUGUGUCUGAGUCCUGCAGAAUCACACCAGGCUGUUGUUGCACAAAAAUAUUAUGUGAUUAGACAUUAGAUUUUCCAGUUGCGGAUAAGUCCUUCUCCGCAAACCUGAGCUAAUGCUGAACUUGUGCCAAAUCUUAUUUUUUCCAGUCAUUAUAGUGUGUUAUCAGUGUCUUGAUAUCUUCAUGAAAAGUAAAAGGCAUUUCACAUUGAAACAGGUCUUGAGACAUGACGGCAUGUUUGUAUCUUUCAGGUCAGUUACAGGUUCAUGCGUACUGCGAAAGCCCGGAUGUUGUCCUGUGUGGAAAUAAAUGUGACCUGACAGAUCAGAGAGCAGUGAACGAAGAAGAGCCCCGUGAGCUGGCAGAGAAGUACGGGUAUGUCUCAGCUUUGAUCCGUGUGUACAUGAACCUCUCCCUCCGUUGUUUGUCAAGAAGGCUGGGGCUACACUGUGUGCCAAAGUCUGUGCAGCAGAAUGUCAGACAAAACUCAUCCUCCUCGAAAAACAAAUAUUUGUGCACAUGCGUAAAAUAUCCUGCUCUCACCCUACUGGACACACCUUUUCUAAAAACAGAGAUGUUAUAAAAGAUUCAAUGUUUUAAUUCACUGUAAAAGCAGAAGAGAUACUGGUAUUACGUCAAGCAUUUUACUUCAAGCAGACUCCUGUGGAUCAGCAACUGUGAGCUUCUGUAAAUUCUUUAGCCUAUUUGCAGCUGUGCACUGACUUGAUCCAGGUGAGGUCAGGUUAGGACAUGUUAAAAAUAAGACGAAUUAUUGUUCAUCUAAAGAUACCCAUGAGAUAACAUUUCAAGGCAAGCACUAUUUAGGCUGUUUUUAAUUGUGUCAAAUGUUUGAAAAGGAAAUUAAAAGACAUUUAUGCUAAAAGAAUAUCAUGAUUUGUCAUUGGUGCCCAAACACGGAUGAAAAACUAAUGAAGGAGCUACACUGCCAUAUCCACGUAUUAUCUCCUUUUAUUAAAAUGUAUAUGAGCUCAGAAGGUUUUUUUCUUUAACAGAUCACACAUACAGCUCUAACUGAUACUAUAAAUGCUGACUAAAGCAGUACAUUUUUACUUACUGCUGAAUAUUCAAGUAUACAAAAACUGAAUGUCGUCCUUUAUAAACCACAGCCUUUUAAGAGUCGAGUUCUUCAAACACUGAAAGGACUCAUAUAUAGGGUAUGUUAAGAUGUGCUUUUAUAGAUUUUACAUAUAGAAGAAUUAUAUGAGGUGAGGCUUCAUCAAUAAAAAGGCUAAAGUUUUGGUUUCUUUUUAUCCUUUUAAGGCAAAUCUUAAAAAUUUCAGAAAUCCUCACCUUUUCUGAAAGGCCCUUUUUUAUAACUCAAAACACAAACAUUUGUGCUACAUGGUUGCUCUUAUGCUGCUGUGUUUUUACAGCGCCUGUAUUUCUUUGAAUGCAGAAUCCCAUAUUUUGAGACGAGUGCUGCAAACGGGCAGAAUGUCAACCAGGCUGUGGACGUCCUGCUGGAUCUCAUCAUGAAGAGGAUGGAAAGAUGUGUUGACAAGUCUUGGAUCCCUGAUGGGACCGUACGGGCUAAUGGACCCACCAACCCAGACCUCACAGAGGCCCCUGAUAGGAGCAAAUGUGCAUGCUAGAAUGAUGGAUGAGCCAGUCUGGGGGUGAACCUGUGCUCAAAAUAGUGGUGAAAAAAAUAGGAAUUCAUCCAAGUCAACCAGUGGGGGUAUAUAUAUAUUUAUAUAAAUAUAUUAUAUGCUGUAUGUAUUGUAUUCUAUGAAAGGUGAGAUGUGAUAUUAUUUGUUUCUUGUACCCCACAAACUGGUGCAUUUCUGAUCAAAUUCACAUUGAGAUGCUGUGUUAUUUUUUCAGGAUUAGAUGCCUUUUAAUGGGGGCAUUUCAUUUCAUUUGUAUUCACACGAUCAGUUUUGUGGAAAGAAAGAUCUUACUGGAGAGUGGGAUAUUUAUUUCUUAUAAUGUCUAGAUUAAAAAUCCGACUUGAGUCAUCAGCUGUUGAUGCUGAUCAUAUUUACAGGAAUAAACUUUCUGCUUAGGUAGCAGUAAAGUGAGCUUCCCUGCCAGAUGUGCUUUAAAUGUACUCAUGAAUUUUCUUUUACUUGCUGUAAAGUUUGCAUAAAAUCACACUAUAAUUACGACGAUGAGUUAGAAAGGGGGCACUGCUAUUCUGCUUUUAAAUUAAGUCUGUGAUAUCUGCUGUCAUCUUUGUUGGGAUGUACUUUUAGGAGCCUUUGUAUCGCUGGUUAUGUACUACUGAUGCUUUUCUGAAUGUUCAAUAGAUCAUCUGUGCCACAGCCAAAAUGAUUUACAUCGGUCAUUUAACAAUGGCCGGGUGUUUAUUACAACUCAUGUAUCUUUUGAGGGCUUGUGCCUUUUUCCUUCAAAAAAAGAGAAAUAGGGAAUUCACUCUGACUAAGUCACCUACACAUAAGUAUGAACAGCAGCGGGUUUGGCCAAUGCAACAAAAGAAAUACUUGUGUCAUAAUUAUCAUGAGAAAUAAUGAGCAGUAAUUCUGGGGGACAUGCAAUUCACUCUGCUCAAAGACUAUUUAAAAAUAUGUAACUAUCAAAUUUGUGAGACAAACUCGUGAGGGUGGGGGUGGGGUUGUAAUUACAAAAGCUCACUGUUUCUGUUGUCUGUAGAUUAACCUUCAGCACAAUAAUAUCAGUUUAAUAUGAACAAAAUUAUUUAUAAAUGAUCCAGUGAUUCAGUCAGCUACCAAACUAGAUUAUCGAUACCACCCAAAUGAGCUCAUCUGAGUGUAACCAAGUAUUGUCUCAUUAUUACUUGAUACAAGACUGUGAAUAUGAAGAACUGUGUUAAGUCUUUAAAUAGUUCCUCAUAUUCUCUGGGUCAGUGUUUUAAAAAAGAGCAUUGUCACUUAUCUGAAAAGACUACAAUUCUGCCACAAACUAUUGAACUUUAGAGUAAACUAGUGGAGUGGGUUUUUUUUUUCAAACAGCAAAUGCCAUAUUUCAAAUUUUGUAUACUACUAAUGUAAUUAUUAUAAGAUUGCAUCAUAACCUGUAAAAACUGCAGCCUCUGCUUAGAAAGACUUCUGAUAGAAAUGCUGUAUUCAGUGAUUAGUGAAAAGAAAUUUAAAUUAAAGAGAGGUAUUAAUGUUGUAGAUUUUUUUCUUUAAGUUUAGAUAAUUAUCACAAAUAUUUUAUUGGCAAGUUUUUGGAGUAAUAUAUUAAGAUUCUAAGGCUUUCCCUGUCACAUCAAUUUAUAGCACCAUUGAUUUAUAUUUCACAAAAAGGGUAUUUAGACUCAGUAAAAACACAGAUUCUUUUGUACGUUUAACACUUUCCAUCACCAGGCAACAUAAUUUGUACUACAGUCAUUCUCUCUGUACACAUGGUGAAUGUGAUGUUUUACAUAAGAAACAUGAUUAUAUUUGUCCAUUGACUCCUCCACUUCACAGAUGUGAAAAGCUCUCUCUCUAGAACUAAUCUGAUGACGUGAGCGAUUAAAAACAGAAAAUAUUUCUCAAGUGUGCCAUAAAGUUUCAUAUGAAAAAUAUGUUAUUGAUGUCCAAAAAUAAACAUUUUUAUUUAUGUA